AGAAACUUUGUGUGUCUUGUUGACAUUUAUUGUCACCACCGCCGCCGCCGCUCGGAUUCUUUUGCUCAUUUCGGCACCACUCCUUUUGUGAAGAAUCCCGAUUUUAAUUUUGUACAGUUCACCCCCCUCCCCAACCCCUCCCCUCCCACCCAACAACACACACACACACACACUCUCCCUUGCGCUGCGUCUCGCCCCAAUGCAGUCUGAGUCGGGAAUCGUUCCGGAUUUUGAACUCGGGGAGGAAUUUCAUGAAGAGGCGAAAACGUUUUACGAGCUGAAGAGUCAGCCUCUGAGCCGCAGCAAUUCAUCAGAGCAGCAAGGAUCAGCUAAACCCCCAUUAACCUCCUCCAAUAUGACGUCACGAAUACUGCUACGGCAGCAGCUCAUGCGCGAGCAAAUGCAGGAGCAAGAACGAAGAGAACAGCAGCAGCAGCAGCAGGCAGCACAGUUCAUUCAGCAGCGAGUGCCAGUCAGCCAGACACAGGCCAUCAACGUCAGCGUCCCCACCAGUCUACCCACAAAUACCCAGGUGCCAAUGGAAGUUCUCAAGGUGCAAACCCACCUUGAAAACCCAACCAAAUACCACAUUCAGCAAGCCCAAAGGCAGCAGGUAAAGCAGUAUUUGUCAACCACUCUGGGCAACAAGCUGACAAACCAAGCCUUAAGCAUGCCUUGCUCUAACCAACCAAGUGAUCAUGCCAUGCCUCCAGGUACUGGAAGCAGUGCACCUAACAGCCCAAUGGCAAUGCUAAACAUCAGCUCAAACUGUGAAAAAGAGGUCUGGUUACCGGAAAUGAAAAUGAUGGAUGAUGUCAUUGAUGACAUUAUUAGCCUGGAGUCAAGUUAUAAUGAUGACAUCCUUGGACUGAUGGACCCAGGAAUUCCAAUGGCUAAUACGUUACCUGUGCCUGGCAACAUGUUAGAUGUCUACAAUAAUCCAGGAAUGGCAGCUCCUGCCAUUACCAUCAGCAAUUCCUGUCCUGCAAACCUACCGAAUAUUAAAAGGGAACUAACAGAAUCAAUGGUUGCAGGCAUGGAACUCCAUUUUAAAAGUCCCUCUAUGAAAAUGCAUAAUGCUCUAUUACCAGAAGCUGAAGCCAGAGCACUAGCCAAGGAAAGGCAGAAGAAGGACAAUCAUAACUUGAUUGAAAGGAGGAGGAGGUUCAACAUUAAUGAUCGUAUAAAGGAACUGGGUACGUUAAUCCCAAAGUCCAAUGACCCGGACAUGCGUUGGAACAAAGGCACUAUUCUAAAGGCAUCUGUGGAUUAUAUUCGAAGGCUUCAAAAAGAGCAACACAGAGCAAAAGACUUUGAAACACGACAGAAGAAACUGGAACAUGCCAACAGACACUUAAUACUGAGGAUACAGGAACUUGAAAUGCAAGCCCGUGCACAUGGAUUACCACUGGUUAACCCUUCUGGCCUCUGCUCACCUGAUAUUACUGGACGGAACAUUAAACUAGAGCCAGUAACUGAUGAGUGCCACAGCGAUAGCUUACAACACCACUCAGACCUUUCUCGCACUACUGCUGCUACUACGCUGAAUCUGUCUGAUGGAACUCUCACCUUCAAUGAUAACCUUGGACAUGCUGGCACCUACAGUGCUCCCACAAAAAUGGCUUCCAAGCUAGAUGAUAUUCUGAUGGACGAUACUCUGUCACCUGGGGAAGCAACUGACCCACUCCUCUCAUCUGUAUCACCUGGUGCUUCAAAGACAAGCAGUCGGCGAAGUAGCAUGAGUGUGGAAGAUAGUGAAAAUGGGUGUUAGCGCGCAAAGUGUUUUUUAAACUCUUCAUCUGAUACUUCAUUUUUCCUUAAAGUUCUCUUUGUUUUUUUUUAUUUAGCUUAAAAAGAUCUUGUGUUGCAACUGUAGACCUAUUUAUCAGUCCAAUAAAGUCAGCAGAGUUAGUAGAAAUAAAUGGAAGCAUUGGAAAAACAGAACUGUAUCUGUCUGUGGAAAGGCAGGAAACUGUUGCACUGCCAGAUUAGUGGAGAAGGCAAUGAUGAUACUCAGACAGUAGAAGACAAAAGUAGCUAUUUGGGAAUGUAGAUGAUUGAUUUUACUCUGAAGUCACUUAAGGCCUUGAAGUAAACGUAGGAGAAACAAAAUCAAUGUACCUUUUAAUUUGGGCAAAUAUUUUCUAUUGUCUGUUUCUUAAUAUUUACAUAUGUUUUAAUUCGUUUUUAUGGCAAGUUUUGAUUUUGCAUGACCUGUACUCAUUGAUUUGUUUUCAUGCUAGUCCUUUCAGAUUUUUAUUUUUUAUUUGAGUAAGUAGUUGUAUGAAUAUGCAUACGCUGAUGGGGACUGGCAUUCAGUAGGGCAAUACUUAAUAUUUCUUCAGGAUGUUUUUAGUGGAGAAUUUGUUGCAAUGGACACAGACACUUGAAGUUAGGACAAGACGUUUUUAAUGAAGUGUCUGCAUAUUUUGUAUUUCUAAACCCAAUCUUAUUUAGACAUGUUUUUAAAUUAACUUUGAAACUGAGAGCAUUACUUGUUCAGAAAACAUGAUUGUAGUACAUAUAUCUAAAGUGAUGCUUUAGGAGCUAACUUGAUGUGCUAUUUAUUUUAUUUUUAAAUGGUGAGAGUAACUAUUAGAAGAAAAUGUGCUGUAUGUAGUUGGAACUCUACCUUUUUAUUAUCUAAUGAUACCUCUUAUGGUAGUAGAUCUACAUGUUAAGUCCCUCAGCUCUGCAGCAUGCUAAAAAAAACAGCUUUCUGCUUAUGAAAUCAUUACUUGAUAAUGUACUUGCUCCUGAUGAAGUUAUUUGGAUAAUCUUUCUGAUUGUUUGAUGAUGUCUGUCAAGGUGAUGGCCAGUACAGGGUAUUCAUUAACUGCGAUCAUCAUAGUGAAAGAAGCAGGGGAGAUAAAGUGUGUUGCAUUGUGAAGUGAGCAUGAGGAGGGAAUUAUGAUGUGACACACAGUUUGUUCCAUGAGUGAAAAUUAUUUUUAAUUCACGGGGUUUUAUGCCUGUAAUAGGUGUAGAUAAUCUUACUCUUGAAUAAGAUAAAUUGUGUGCCCUACUAUGAUCUCUUUCACAGUUUUACGGUUGUAUAUUAUAAUGUACGGAAAUGUUCAGUGAGAAUAAUUAUUUACCGUUGUGUUUUGUGAUGUACUCCACUCACCUCUGCCACAACAGAUUUAUAGUGGUGAUCAAGAAAAGACUAGUGUUUUGUCAAAGUAAAUCAAUCAACUGAUCAUCACAGUGAUUGGAAUAACCCUAUUUUAACUACAACAGUGUUGUAACAGUAGAAAUAUGAAGCUACAUCAUCUACUUUGUUGUGGAUCUAUGCAAUUUCAGUAGCUGUACUUGCAUUGAACUGUGCCUAGGUAAUUGUUUUACACUCAUACCAUUAGUUGUGUGAAAGCUGUGAUGAAGUGAAGAAUUUUUAAAUAGGUUUUAAAUUUACAAUGUACUGUAUGUGGCAGCGAAACAUGAAUUCAGAAUGAAGUGCCUUAAAAUCGAUUGCUAAGUCUUUUGGAUAUGCACUGACUGAAGGGUGUAAUACAUGAAGGUUUGGCCUGUGUACAAGUAUAUAUGACUUUGCUUGCUGCGUGAAUUCAGAAUGAGACCUUCCAGUUUCUUUGAUGAUAUGAUUCAAUGUUUUAUUGACAUUGUGCCACUCUUCUGUGUAACUAACCUCAAGAGACUGCUUUUAAGUUUAAUCUGAAGGGAAUUGACUACACAGCCUUGUUCUGCCAAAAUCCUGGGACAGAAGUAUGCAAUACUAUAAUGUUAUGUUGAAAGCAAUAAUUCUUGUUAAAUCUUUUCAAAACAGCAAGUGGAGAGAAAAAUAGGUAAAAUAAUGAAAGAUAAGCACAACAGCCAUGCACUUACGGAGAUGUGAUUUGAAAUAAAAGAUGCACUUGAUAGAUGGGAGACUGUUGUUUUAGCUGUUAACAAAUUAUAAAACCUGUGUUUCUUGAAAAAAGUAGCUUAAAAUACUGCCUUUUAAUGAGCUAAUUGGUACUGUAAUGUGAUAUUCAUUUGCUGCCAGAUGCAGCAUGCUUUGUGUGUGGUCCAUUGGAAUGUAAAUCACAGACUUUUCAAAAAUUUUUUAACCCUGGCCUUACUAUCAUAGACGAUACACAAUUAUUGGUUGUGGUUGAUGUAUUUCAUUCCAUAAGGAAAUCUAACUGCUUUACCAUCAUUACUUAUUCAUUGUAAUGACCAGCUUUAUAUCUGGUUAAUAAAGACACACUGUAAAAUAAAGCUGGUUUUGGUCAUCUCAGCUCCAGGAUAUCACACUUGGAGCUGUCCAGACAUCUCGAGAUGCUUCAUUGCUAACUUCCCUCUGCCAUAAAGCCAGAUUCGGAAUGCUUACUGAUGAUAAAUGUUCAGUUCCAAUGACACUUUCUUAGGUAAGGAAGAACUCCUUACUCACAUUUAAUAAGAAUUGGAUAAUAUUGCACUGAUAAGUUGCAAAUAGUGUUCACACGACAAAGGGUCGAGAGUGUAGUGCUGGAAAAGCACAGCAGAUCAGGCAGCAUCGCAGGAGCAGGACAAUCGAUGUUGAUUCUCCUCGUCCUCGGAUGCAGCCUGACAUGCAGUGCUGUUCCAGCGCUACAUUCUUGACUCCGAUCUCCAGCAUCUGCAGUCCUCACUUUCCCCUCACUUUACAAAGGUACCAGGCAAUGAGCCAGCAAGAGGACCUUAGUAUUUCCCUUUGCCAUUGAACUUCCCGAGAAUUACAACUCACAAGAAAUGUAACUGAAGUAGCCAUAGAAAUACUGCCAUCACAAGAGCAGGCAAGAAAUGAGGAAUUAUAAGUGAUGAUUAUUUUUCUAGCUCCAAAGAGGAGGUCUGAUAUCAAGGCAUAAGUCAGGAAUUUACUGAAAUAGUUAACACUUGCCUGGUUAUCCAAAGCUCCAACAAUACCCUAGUAACCUAAUUGUGUUCAGGACAAAGCAGCCCACAUCCACCACCUUAAAAUUCACUCCUUACCAACAGAGUGAUGUGUCACCUGAGUUAUCAUUGAUAUUAUCUGUGAGACGCACUGCAACAGUUCCCAAGAGUCCUUUGAGAGCACCUUUCAAACCCAGUCUUUAAAGUAAAAUCGUCAUCCUCUCACUAGACUGCAGGACUGCUCUGUGCUGCUGUUGGUUUAACCUGAGGGUCACUGUGCCUCGGGGCUUUGGGGGAGCAGAGGUUGAGAAGGAGAAUCCUUUAUGCUAACCUCAACCAGUGCGUGAAUUGAACUCAUGCUUGGAGUGUUAGUCUGCAUCACAAACUAGCCAAGCUAAAUCUUGAUCUUUAUCACCUGGAAGAACAAGGACAGAAGGCACAUGGGAGCAUCACCGCCAAGUUCCUUUCCAAUGCAUAUAAUAUCUUGACUUUGAAAAAUGUUAUUCACUGUUACUGGAACAAGAUCUUGGAACCCCCUCCCUGGAUAUCCCUAGACCAUGUGAAAUUAAGUGGUCCAAGAGUCAUCAUCUCAUCACCACCAUCUCACCAGUAAUUAGGUGGCUAAUAGAUGAGCUGACCUUACUAGUUAUCUUCAUAUCCCAUAAUCAAAUUUUUUAAAAAUAUACUACAUCUGACAGUUAUGUAUCUUCUAUAUAUUUUGGCUUAUUUUCAUAUUUCUGCCACAAUUAUUGUGCCAUGCUAUGGACCCUAUGAAUCUAAAGUAAUAUGCAUUCAACACAACUAUUUACUGGCUAUCUUUCAACCUCAUCAUCUGAGAAAUGCAAAUGUGAUGGUACUCAGCUUUAAGCCUCUUGGACCUAAGCCACAACAACAAAACAUGUCAUAAAACAUUACUCAAUGUUUCUGGCUCCUUGUAUUUGUUUACCUCUGAGUGAACAGUCACAUAACAUUAUGUUACCAAAUUAAAACAGAUCAACAUUUUCCCAAAAUACUAUUGAAUGUUUACCUGUACUUUUGUGUCAUAGAGAAAGUACAGUAAGUGAAGAAUGCAAACAAACCUUAUUUGUUUUACAACUUUAUUGCUUGUGGAUUAAGAAAUGAACCACUUGAAUACUAUUUUCCUGAGAUCCCUCCAUAGUGUCAGAAUCCAGUGUGAUAGUACAAGUGAUAACUUUUGUAGAAUUAAUUAGAGUACUCCUAUCCAGAAUAUCUCUCUUUACAUAGUGGUUUCCACCAGGAAUUAACUCUGUAGUAAGUCUAAAAAUUAUGAAAUAUGUGUUAGUUUCAAAUUGCACAAAAUAGGGUAAAAAGCACAGUAAAUAAAGGUGUGAGUUGCCAUUUAUGAAGAAAAGCUUGAAAGGCUUCUUUACAGCUUCAGCACCUCUAUAUAGACUCCAGGUUCAGAGACGAUUCUCUGAGAUUCUCUGUUACAUAAAUUAUACACAAUAUAUUGUGACAGCAUUUAAUGAUACUGAAACUGCAACUCCUGAUUGUUACUUUUGUAAAUAUAUUUGUAAGUACAUUUGAUGGAAUAGUACCUGUGGUUAGUUUAUAAGUUUCA